UAUUACGCCGGCCGCCGACGAUCUUCCCCGAACGUUCGCGACCGACCCUCCCCGAACGUCCGCCGUUUACCCUCGGCGAUGCACACGCACACCGCACCGCGACAAUAUCGCGAUAACAUUAUUAUUACGCGUGUUACGACAUCGUACCGUUUAAUUAACACCUCGCGCCUGGUCGCGUACCGUCACCGGCCGCUGCAAUCGAGUGUCGACCGUCUCCGCGAUCCGUUCCGUCCGCCGUCGAUCGUUCGGUACGCGCUCCGUGCUACCGUUCUGCUCGCGUUUCUUUCACAUCUUUUUCCCCCGUGCAUUCUGUUUAUUUUUAUCCGCGCAAACGCACGCACGUCCGUGUUUUUGCGCGCGCGCGCCGAUACAAUCCAGUGACAACAGCGCGACGCCGAUAACGUUCCAGGUUGCACGCACCGUGUUUCUCCGGAGUGCUCUCUCGCGACGGUUGUGCGCCGCCGCCGCCGCCCAGGAGGUUCGUCGCGGAGAUUAUGUCCGGCGGUGAUGCGGACCGCGGACCGCGUCGCGACCAUUUCAGGACGACGGCCACGAUCACCAUCGACGACCACGGCGUGCCUCUGAAGUGCCACCACCACCACCGUCGCAGGUAAAAGGGAAAACCGGAAAGCGACAGUGAACGCGAACGAGAUGACCAACAACGGUAGCACGGUAACAGCAGCGGUGAACAUGCACGACGAGAACGCGACCGCUCAAAUCCAAGGUAACCACAGUUGCUACGACGGUGGAGGCUGCGCCAACGAUACUGCGUGGGCAACGAACCCCUAUAAAGCCAUUUUCGACUCCUUCGCUGUAGUUCUACUCAGUCCGUCGUGCUUCAACAACGUGUUCAACCAUCCUUAUUUUCAUUUUUCACAUGCCAUCAUGUUCAUAUGCUACAUGCUGCCAUUCGGAUCGCCUUGCCAAUUGAUCCUCCUCAUACGUAUCGGGCUGGCCGGUGCUACUACCAUCAUGGCGCUUUGGGCUAGGAAUGUCCAGUGUUGGACCAGCCUUUUGUGGAAUACCGCGUCCGCUGUUGUUAACGUCAUAUACAUUUUCGUGUUGCUUUACCAACUCAGACCCAUCAAAUUCAACGAUGAAUUAGAACAAGUGUAUGAUUCCCUGUUUAGUCCAUUAAAAGUUAGUCGUAAACAAUUUAGGAAAAUAAUUUCUUGCAUGAAAAUGAUUCGGCCUUUAAAAACUCUUGAAAUAUUUGCUGAAGAAAAAGUAACAAGGGUUGACAGCUUAUCAUUGGUACUGUCAGGAAAGUUAGUAAUAUCACAAAAUGGUAAUGCUCUACAUAUUGUCUUCCCAUAUCAAUUUCUAGAUUCUCCAGAAUGGUUUGGUGUUUCUACUGAUGAAUUCUUCCAAGUAUCAGUUACAGCUGUAGAAGAUUCAAGGGUAUUAUUAUGGCAUAGAGACAAAUUAAGACUGUCAAUAAUCACUGAUAAGUUUUUAUAUACUAUAUUUGAUCACAUUCUUGGUCGCGAUGUAGUAAAAAAACUUAUGCAGGUAAGCGAAACUAUGUCUAAUGGUCAUUUGCCAAAUCAAUGGUUUGAUGGAGGAGAAGAAACUGAAAUGGCAAAUAAUGUAAUUGAUGAAAAGCAAACUGUACUCUAUUUGAAACGUAAUGGUGAUGGGCAAGCAGGCAUUGAAACUAUAUUAAAACGAGAGCUUCAAGGUGACCCAAACGGAUGGAGGCUGAGUAGAAUUGAAGAGGUUGACCAUGAAACUCCUGUGUAAAAAAUAUUUCCUCAAACAAUUAAUAAUCUUGUGAUCUUAGGAUAAGUUAAUAUCUGAGUUUUCUUUGACUCUGACAUUUUGGUAUUUUGUUUUUUAAAUUACCUCUGUCAGAUUUGAUUUUUGGCACUUAUCGAAUUUAACAAUCACUGUAGUAUUAUAAAUUAAUUUUUUUUUAACUUUGCAAAAUUAAUAAUGAAAAUGU